UAGUUAGCUUAGCAACAUUAGCGUGUUUCCUCCAGCUGCCGUUUCACUCAGCGCGCCAUGGCGGAGGGAGGUGGACCCGAGCCGGGCAACGCCACAGAGCCUGUUGCGGAACCCGUACCCGCUGAAAGCCCGCUUCCUUCUAUCGAUAAUCAGAAACAGACCAUCGGAACUCUUCUGAAAACUCCACUCCGGAAAGGAGACGAGUGGUUUUUGAUUGACAGUCGAUGGUUCAAGCAGUGGAAGAAAUAUGUGGGCUUUGAUAGCUGGGAUUUGUACAAUGUCGGCGAACGCAACUUGUAUCCUGGACCCAUCGACAACUCUGGGCUUUUUUCAGACCAGGAGACCCAAGUACUCAAGGAGCAUCUCAUAGAUGAGUUAGACUAUGUCCUAAUGCCAACAGAAGCAUGGAAUAAUCUCGUCAGCUGGUAUGGAUGCCUAGAAGGACAGAGGCCCAUCGUCAGGAAGGUGGUUGAGCAUGGCAUGUUUGUGAAGCACUGUAAAGUAGAAGUCUAUCUGCUGGAGCUGAACCUGUGUGAGAAUGACAACAUGGACAACGUGGUCACUCGGCAUUUCAGCAAAGCUGACACGAUUGAUACCAUUGAGAAAGAGAUGAGGACUCUCUUUAAUAUCCCAUCAGAAAAGGAGACUCGGUUGUGGAACAAGUACAUGAGUAACACUUAUGAGCAGUUAAACAAGCCUGACAGCACAGUUCAGGAUGCCGGGCUUUUUCAGGGCCAGGUACUUGUGAUUGAGAGAAAGAAUGAAGAUGGUACAUGGCCCAGACAAGCCUCCCAUCCCAAGUCCAGUACAGCCACCUCUAGGACUUUCACAACGUCACCAAAGCUGUCCUCCAAUUCCUCUGCCACCAUUUCUUCCACAGUAACCAAUGGAGACAGCAGCAGCAACUCAAGCUACAUGCUGAACAACAGCUCCUCUGGAAUCAGGUUGGGAGGAUACAGCUCGUACAGCUCUUCCUACAGUUAUAGAGAGUCUGCCUCUCAGCCUGGCCUGUGUGGCCUCAGCAAUCUGGGCAACACCUGCUUCAUGAACUCUGCACUCCAGUGUCUAAGCAAUUCACCCCCACUGACAGAAUAUUUUCUGGAGGACCAGUAUGAAGCUGAGAUCAACCGAGACAAUCCCUUAGGAAUGCGAGGGGAGAUCGCCGAGGCCUUUGCAGACUUGAUCAAACAGAUGUGGCUCAGUCGGAGUAGCUAUGUGGCUCCCCGCACUUUUAAAACACAGGUUGGCCGUUUUGCCCCUCAGUUCUCAGGGUACCAGCAGCAGGACUCUCAGGAGCUUCUGGCCUUCUUGCUUGACGGCCUACACGAAGACCUGAACCGUGUCAAAAAGAAGCCUUACUUGGCCUUGAGAGAUGCAGAGGGCAGGCCAGAUGAGAUUGUGGCUAAAGAGGCAUGGAAGAACCAUCGCCUACGUAAUGAUUCCAUCAUUGUGGAUAUCUUCCAUGGCCUGUUCAAAUCCACGCUGGUCUGCCCAGAGUGCUCCAAAGUGUCUGUCACUUUUGACCCUUUCUGCUACCUCACACUGCCACUGCCUAUGAAGAAAGAUCGCACCAUGGAGGUGUUACUGGUCCGCAAUGACCCUCAGUCCAGACCCAUGCAAUUUCGUGUGGUGGUCCCUAAACUAGGAACAGUGGCAGAUUUGUGCAGCGCUUUGGCCAAGCUUUCUGGAGUUCCUGCGGAGAAUAUGGUUGUUGCUGACGUUUACAAUCACAGAUUCCAUAAACUUUACAGAAAGGACGAAGGUCUCAACCACAUAAUGGAAAAAGAUGACAUCUUUAUCUAUGAGGUGUUGGAGGAGGACAGUGAACGGAUGAAUCUGCCAGUAUACUUCAGGGAGAGAGAUGUGAAGCACAGUGGAGGCUCCUCGUGCACCUUGCUGUUUGGACAGCCACUCCUCAUCACUGUUCCACGCCACAACCUCUCCCCAGACACACUUUAUGAGCAUGUGCUGGAGAGGAUUGGGCGUUACGUGAAGCACUCACAGGGUACCGUGAUGGAGAGCAGAGUGUUUGCUACAGCCACGUCCUCUAGUAGCCGUUCAGAUGGUGGAGAUUUAGUGUCCAGCCACAAUGCAGGAUUAAGUGGCUGUAGCAGCCCGCUGUCCAAUGGGGCAUCCGGCAGUGCUUGUUCUACCACUGACAGCAACCACUCUGAAACAUGCAAUGGGCCCAAUGGAGUGUGUGAUGGGGAAGAGGAGGCUAUGGACCACCAGGUGAGCCCAGACCCAGAAAGCAGCCAAUCAGAGGCUGCAGAUGGGGAGGACGAGACCUCAGAACCUGAGAAUGGACCCAUUACUACUACUACUACUACUACUACUACUUCUGGAAAGACUUGUUCUUCACGGCCUAAACUUUUCUCUUUUAGCAUGGUGAACUCUUCUGGCACAGCCAACAUUGGUCACUUAGCUGGCAACGUCCUCAAAUUCACACCACAUUCCACAGUAGCAAUUGACUGGGACUCAGAAACCAAAAGACUGUGCUACAAUGACCAGGAGGCGGAGGCUUAUGAGAAACAUGAGAGCAUGAUGCAAGCUCAGAAAAAGAAGACCACAGUGGCUCUAAGGGAAUGCAUCGAGCUCUUCACUACCAUGGAGACUCUGGGAGAGCAUGAUCCAUGGUACUGCCCCACGUGUAAGAAGCACCAGCAGGCUACAAAGAAGUUUGAUCUGUGGUCCCUACCCCGCAUUCUGGUAGUUCAUCUGAAACGCUUCUCCUACAACCGCUGCUGGAGAGACAAACUGGAUACUGUGGUUGAUUUCCCCAUCAGGGAUCUGAACAUGUCUGAAUUUGUCUGCGACCCUAAAGCCGAGCCGUAUAUCUAUGACCUUGUUGCAGUCUCCAACCACUAUGGAGGAAUGGGUGGAGGCCACUAUACCGCAUAUGCUAAGAAUAAGGCUGAUGGGAAAUGGUAUUACUUCGAUGACAGCAGUGUGUCCUCUGCUUCUGAGGAUCAAAUAGUGACGAAGGCAGCAUACGUGCUUUUCUACCAGCGGCGAGAUGGAGAGGGUGCAUCCAGACCAUCCACUACCUCUGCAUCACUCGGAGGAGCUUCUGACUCACUGGACGACCACAUGGACACCAACUGACUGCUGUUAGUCAUUAGGCACAGACACUGAAAUAAAAGCUUCGUGAACAAAUGAUCAUUGAUUCACAUCCCCGAUUUUUCAGCAUCGACAUGGAGGUCCAGCGUUUUUCUACUUUUUAGUUUCCUGCACUUAUUUUCCUUGAGCCAAGAAGGAUUAAAUAACAUAAGCAAGAAAUAAGUGAGCAUUUUAGUUUUAAUUGCGAUCUAACUUUUUUUUUUUUUUUUUUCCCUGCACUGCUCUUUAGUUUAAAAUAUAGAAACAAAAUGAAAAUUCAGUCUCGUCUCAUGCCUUGGAAUGAAUAUAAUGAAAGCAAAUUGUUUUCUCUCACCCAGUAGAAUACAGAAAGAAGCCAAAUGUUUUGUGCUAUAUCAGCCAAAGUUGCACGGGUUGGUGGCAAGGACAGGGGAAAUGUAUGCAAAAUUAAGAUGUUUAAUUCUUUCCCCUCUGCAGUCUCCUAUUACACUCUGAAAGUGUUUAGUUAAAUGUGCCUCUUGUGAGGAAUAGUCUUGUCAGAAAAUUACUUUUAUCCAUAAACCCUUUAAACAGGAAGCUUUUCUUUACCGACUGUCCAACUGAGACUUUCAGUUGAGUCUUUAACAUGUCCAUCACGAUAAAGCUUGAAGUGGAUAGAAUAAGCUCAACGAUAGCUGAAGUUGUGAUAGAAUUACACUGCUGAUUUUUGAUUAUUGUGCUGCUCUCUGAAAUGUUAGCACUUGCUGCCUUUCUGCCCCCAAGAACUGUUAAAGGGGGCAUGCGUGAGUGGAUUUAAUUUUAAAUUUCGUGGUAAACUUUCAAGUCCAGCUUGUUUUAAAAGGCACUGAGGUUUAUAAAUACAUGCUGUUGUUUGGUUGAGACUACAUUUGCAAUAUUCAGUGCUUCUGAUUAAACUCUUCCACUUUGGUGAAUUUUUAUGUAGGGCCCCCCCCCCCGGGACUUUGCUCGCCUCCAAGGCCAGAUAGAGAGGCGCAUCGAGCCACUGCUCGAGAGUGGUGCUAAAUUUUGAGACUUGAAAAGACUGCAGCUCUUGGCAGGAAGUUUUAGGUCGAUGCAAAGUAGAGGCUUGACAUUCACUGAAAUACAAUAUUACUCUGUCCUACCAGCCACCCUGUACAUUUUAAAUUUGCUAUCAUUGGUUGAGGGAUUAUUUGCUUUUUAUACAUUCUCAGAGAAUGUUCUCAACAGUCCCUCCGUGUUACGAAUUUGCCAUCAGUACGCAUCUUUGAUCGUUUGCUUUUCUGUGGAAUCGCAGCAUGUGCGCGUCUUGAAAAUCUGCAAAAUUAAAAAUCGUCGGUCGGUCCCCAUGUGUUUAUCUCUCUCUUCCGUUUGACAGGCUGCGGUAAGCACAUGCUUGGUUUCCUGCUGCAAUAUUGUACAACAUGGAGCCUAGAAUGAUGACAUACCGGUCAAUGCAUUUUCUAAAAAAAAAUAAGAUCCAUUUUCAGAGAUGUUGCCUAGAUGUAAAUAGUCAUGUACUAUCUGCAAAAUAGGAUAUCUUCUUUGUGUUCUGAUAUUUAUCAUGGCAAUAUGUGCAAGGAUUUUGAAGAAAAAUCAAAGGGACAAUAAAGAGUUGAAGCCUAA